AACCCCGUUAGGUCUCGCUCUUUUACAGUUAACUCACUUAACUUCCAUUCACAAAGCGGCAAAGCAGAGUCCUAAUCUAAUAGUGAUAAAAACGAAACGUAACUGCCUAAUAUCAUUCGACAAGUGAAUAUGAGUGAUUUAAAAUUGUAUUUAGUGACUGUAGUGUUUCUUAUGAAUGUCUUUGUGGCCGUUGAAAGUGAUUGCAUUUUAUCACUGAAAGAAGAUUUCGGGAGCCCUCAACCGGUGUUAAUUCAAAAUGGCGGACUUUUGGCGCCAAAAGAUGGCGCCGUAUUUGUUGUACGUUCAGAAACGUUGCUCGUCGCGUGCGUCGGCGAUGGACGCUACCUUGUUCUGGGGAAUGAAACUCAGGACAUAGCAGUGGCUCAAGCUGAAUGCGUGUCAGGGGACCUGUUCCGAGUGAACGCAUGGGAGGGAAGGUUAAAGGACAUCCGGUGUAACCACCCGCCCUGGGUCAGCGUGGACCGCACGGGGACGCCUUGCUAUGGGGGCAACGAAAUUGUGAGUUAUGUUGUUUCCAGAGUAGGCUACCGCGUCAAGACCGACUUCCUUCCGCAUUACGAGGCGUGCUUCGAUCAGAACCUGCAAACAACGCUGUACGUGCGCCACGCCGUGGACCCCGCCAGCUCCUGGAGUCAAGGUGGGGGGAGGCGGCCGCCGUUUAUAGACGGAGGCCUCUUCAACACGCGCGUGUCCAAUCUGUACAAGCUGAGCAAUCAGAAGAAUAUGAUCAACUCACUUCUGGGUGACAACAAGGACCAGAAAUAUUUGAGCAAAAAACAGUUCCUGACCCGAGGCCACCUGGCCCCCCGCGGAGACUUCCCGCUCCGCAGCGCGCAGCGAGCCUCCUUCCAGUUCGUCAACGCGGUGCCGCAGUGGAUGCGCGGCAACGCCGGCGACUGGGCCGCUUUGGAGGAGGGUAUCCGUCGCCGGGUGAGGUCAUACGGUCGCCAAUUGACGGUCUACACGGGUGCCUACGGUGUGAUGACACUACCAGACCAGGAUGGAGUGCCAACUGAGCUCUAUCUGUAUGCUGAUGAGAAUAACAACCUUGGCGUUCCAGUUCCCAUGUAUUUGUAUAAGGUAAUACAUGACGAGGAAGACAACUCAGCCACAGCUUUCAUAUCCAUAAACUCUUCCUAUUACAACGCAACGCAAUUAGAAGAACUAACAUUUUGCCAAAACAUUUGCGAAGACAAUUCGAAAUUCAAGUGGUUAAAAUGGCGGUCCAACGAUGGCACUUUCAGUUUUUGCUGUGAGUUCAAUGAAUUCGGUGAAGUGGUGCAGCAUUUGGCUCAUUUGAAUGCCUCUAGAUUGUUUUUCUAAACGAAACAGAGAGGGUUGUAAGUUAGAAGUGUGAGUGUCUGAUAAACGUGACUCCGAACGAAAUAGAAGGACGACCGAUGUGAAUAUUUUUUUGCCAAACAUAUAAUUAGCCUCGGAUGGGAAUCGAACUUAACAUUAAAUUUAAUUAAAACUAUUGUGUUUGAUAACUGUUUAGUAGUUAAUAUUUAUUUUAUAAUAUUAUUUGUACACAUUCAGUACUAUUCAAACAUACUGUAACAUAACUGGAUUAUAUUUUUUUAACAUCUUAUAUUCAUUCAGUUGAGAUUACGUUUUUGUAAAUAAUAUUUUUGUAAUUAAUAUAAGCACAAUAGAACUACACAAUAAAUAUUAAUGUCAAAUUAAUACUUUGUAAAGAGAUUUAAAUUCUAAUCCACUAAUAUAUUAAAUUAAAAGUACUUAAUUAAUAACAGAUCUCUCAAAUUAAC